AUGGUGCAAAUCAAGGCGGCUGCCCUGGCUCUCCUCUUUGCCCCGAAUGUCCUCUCCGAGCCUAUUGUGUCUCGUCAGGCCGCGGUGAGUCUUGAUACGAAAUUCAAGGCUCACGGCAAGAAGUACUUCGGCACCAUUGGCGACCAGUACACCUUCAGCAAGAACACCAAGACCCCUGCCAUUGUCAAGGCCGACUUUGGCCAGCUGACUCCAGAGAACAGCAUGAAGUGGGAUGCUACUGAGCCCAGCCGUGGACAGUUCUCCUUCUCCCGGUCGGAUUACCUGGUCAACUUCGCUCAGUCCAAUGGCAAGCUGAUCCGCGGACAUACGCUGGUGUGGCACUCCCAGCUUCCUGCGUGGGUCUCGUCCAUCACCGAUAAGAACACCCUCAUUUCGGUCAUGAAGGACCACAUUACCACCGUGAUGCAGCGCUACAAGGGCAAAGUCUACGCCUGGGACGUGGUCAACGAGAUUUUCAAUGAAGACGGCUCCCUCCGCAACAGCGUCUUCUACAAUGUUAUCGGCGAGGACUUUGUGCGCAUCGCCUUUGAAACCGCUCGGGCUGCCGAUCCCAAUGCGAAGCUCUAUAUCAAUGACUACAACCUGGAUUCCGCCUCGUACUCGAAGGUGAAUGGCAUGGUCAGCCAUGUCAAGAAGUGGCUGGCCGCUGGUAUCCCUAUUGAUGGAAUUGGCUCUCAAACUCAUCUGAGCGCCGGUGCCGGUGCGGCCCCUCUUACCGCUCUCAAUGCGCUCGCUGGUGCGGGCACGAGUGAGGUAGCCAUUACUGAGCUGGAUAUUGCGGGCGCCAGCACCACCGACUAUGUGAAUGUCGUCAACGCUUGUCUCCACCAGCCAAAGUGUGUGGGUAUCACCGUUUGGGGAGUCGCGGAUCCCGAUUCGUGGCGUGCCAGCUCCCGCCCUCUGCUUUUCGACAGCAACUACAACCCCAAGGCUGCGUACACUGCGAUCGCAAAUGCGCUCUGA